GGAAAAUAUUCACGCGCGUCAUUGUGAAAGAAGUUCACACUGCAUCCUAAUGGACUCAAAAUAUCUAUUAAGUUUGAGUUAACAAUACGUACUGCCGGCAACCAUAUAAUAGAUACCGCAUUCAUACAUCCAUUGUCAGGUGGUCGUGAUACCAAUGGAAUCAUAUGCUGAAAUAUGCUCGGCAAAUGCCAAUGCAGCUAACAGAGUCGCUGGUUUCGGUCUUGGAAGGAGCGGGGGCAUAGAGAAAACGAGAUACAUACGGCACAGAUAUGCUAUGGCGUUAUACCAAGAAGAAAAUCUUUGUAUGCCAAAAGCUCACUAUAAAGUUCUUGCAAAGAACUAUGACUGCUUCUACAAAGAACGCCACGAAGCUCAGUUCAAUAUCAUGAUGAAAUACUUGAAUUUACAGCCUGAUCAUCUUGUAGUUGACCUCGCCAGUGGAACAGGUACCUAUGGUGAGAAAAUGGUCGAGACAUUUAAACUGAAGAAUCCCGUGUGGUGUGUAGAACCUUCUUCAGAGAUGCAAGAAGCAGCCAGGGCAAAGAAGGGUUUGGUUACCGUAGAAAAAACCGCAGAAGAAUUCUUGGAUGAUUUAGACAAACAGCAUCGCUUCAACUUUGCCUUGUGUGUCAGUUCUGUUCAUCAUUUUAGUGAUCCAGUUAAAGUUUACAAGGGCGUAGAAUCGUGUUUAACGCCUGAUGGUGUCUUCAUGAUCGCGCAAAUGGGCGAGUACGUGUCUUUCCCUUUGUUCAAGAAAGCAAAGAAUCGUUUCACCUCUUUCGUUUCCGGCAGAAAGGAAGGCACUUCUGCUUUCCUUCGAUCAGCUAAUUUUGAAGUUGAAGUUUCAGUAGAGCAGUUAGCUUUCAUGGUUAAGAAAUCCAAGUGGUACGACAUGCUGCGAGGACGCUUCCAUAGUACCUUAUUGGAGCUGAGUGACGGGGAAAUCGAGGAAGGAAUUGACGAACUAGACAAAGGAAUUCUUCAACACGCAAAUAGAGAUGAUGACAUCCCCAUUUCUAUGACUUUGUUAAUAUUCAUGGCUAAGAAAAAGUAGGCAUUGAUGCGGCGAUGUACUGUUCAUGGAAUUUCUGUACUGCGUUUCAAUCAUCUAGGGCUAAAUAAAUGUAUAGCACAGUAUGGCAUGUAUAAUCGAAAAGUGAUUUCAACCACGAGGUAGUUAUCAGUUAUUUUUUCAGGCGCUUUUUCGUCAUCAUUACAUUAUCUAUAACCAGUAAUUGAACGGCUUUUAAUGUAACUUCUUAAAAGAUAUUUCGUUUCCUUUGGUUUCCAAGACACUAUUGUAAUAUUCUUGAAGACAAAGGAACAUUGUAGACCUUGAAGAAAAGCGUCUGUUCCUUCGACAUGUCAUGGGAACACUCCUCGUGUUAAUUCGAUUGCACUUAAAUUUUCUGACGUCAGUUUAUGAAUCAAGGGUUUGGUGUGACAUAAUAAACUUAAGAUGUUACUCCGUGAUUUUAAUACAAGCUUGAGGAAAGAAAAAAUCUCGUACUCCAUCGGAGUAUGGAUCUUGGGUUCUUAGGAUUGGCGAUCUGACACCCCAGCAGAGUGCUAAAGAGGCACCUUUACUACGCCAUAGGCAAGAAAAUGGUCUUUAACAAUUCUAGUUAAAGAAAAUAUCAUUAUGAUCGCAGAAUUCAAUGUUUUUUUUCCUUCAAAUUGUUUGGAUCGACAUAUUUAUUUUAAACCUGAGGAUUCCGUAAAUAUCUUUCUGCUCUUUAGCGCUUGAAGCGAUUAGGUGGUCGAUGACUUCCUUGAGUAAAUGACUUUCUAAAGUUAUAGCUUAUUUGUUUGUCAAUGAUGGAAACUGUACGAGAGAAGCAGCACGAUAUGCCUUGAAGCGAAAGCUUAUAGCUUGUCAGAGCAUUAAACCGCACUCGACGUCAUUUACAAGGGCGAUGGUAAGUCAAA